UUGAAAAAUUGCGAAAUGCCAGGCUUGUUUGUCAUGCCUAGUUGUCAUGAUGCCUGCAAAGGAGGAUACAUAAAACGUCCAUAUGUCCGUGCAAACCUUCUCAAUCGAGAACAUCGUAAAUCGAUCGCUGUUGAUGUCGGCCAUUGCUGUCAUCCCAUUACGAGUGUACUGACGGGACAAAACUGCGUGUUGGAGAUGUUUUUAUCUUCUACAAUUCGAAGUGUUGUUCACCAAACGGCUAGGCAUGUCAGGAACCUACACCAGUCCACGGUCAGAGCUGGAGCAGGGGGCAUCUUUGUGCACAGAGACACACCCGAGAACAAUCCGGACACACCUUUUGAGUUCACCGCUGACAACCUGAAGAGGAUCGAUGCCAUUAUCAGUAUGUAUCCAGAGGGACACAAGCAAGCAGCCACCAUCCCCGUGUUGGACCUGGCCCAGAGGCAGCAUGGCUGGCUCCCCAUCUCAGCCAUGAACAAGGUGGCCGAGGUGCUCGAGGUCCCACCAAUGAGGGUCUACGAGGUAGCAACCUUCUACACGAUGUUCCUCAGGCAGCCGGUGGGGAAGUACCACAUCCAGAUCUGCACUACAACUCCCUGCAUGCUUUGCAACUCCAACAGCAUCCUGGAAGCCAUCCAGAACAAACUUGGCAUCAAAGUGGGAGGGAUGACAGCAGACAAGAUGUUCUCCCUAAUCGAGGUGGAGUGUCUCGGGGCCUGUGUUAACGCCCCAAUGGUCCAGAUCAAUGACAACUACUAUGAGGACCUGACUCCCAAAGACAUGGAUAAGAUCAUAGAUGAGCUGAAGGCUGGGAAAAUCCCUCCACCUGGGCCCAGGAACGGACGUUUCUCCUGCGAGCCUGCAGGUGGACUGACAUCUCUGACUGAGCCUCCACCAGGACCUGGCUUUGGUGUCAGAGCUGAUUUAUAAAGACCUGCAGAAAGAGAACCUGUAAGACCUUUAUAAAGACCUGACCUCCACUGGCAUGCUGAAGUGUAUGUAAAUAAAAUGCCCUUUUAACUGUG